GAACACGUAAUUUCGUAAAAAUUUGCCUCAAUUUCGUGUGCUCAAAAUAAAUCUCGUCGCAUUAAAUCAAAACUUUUUGUUAAUUUAAAAUGCCUGAAGCGGGAAAUGUCUUUCAACAAGCCAACAAUAAAGAAAAUCAACCGUGUCGAACGUGCACGGAUUUCAAGACGUGGGCAAAAGAAAGAAGAAAUUUCAGUCUGAACGCAACUGAUAGCAAAUCACAAGUCACGAAAACGACGACGACGACUGAGAAAGCCGCAGAGACUCCUCGUCGCACAGAUUGCCCGCUGGAUAAAGAUCAACUGGGGGCAGCAACAUGGUCUUUUUUGCACACAAUGGCUGCCGUUUAUCCCGAGAAACCGGAAAAACAACAAAUUGAGGAUACGAAAAAUUUUUUUGGGCUGCUGGGACGUCUCUAUCCGUGCGAAUAUUGUGCCAAGGAUUUGAAGGAAGAAUUAAAAGCUGAACCUCCAAAACUUUCGUCACAACACGAUUUUUCACAAUGGCUUUGUCGAUUGCACAACAAAGUGAACGUCAAGUUAGGAAAACCCGAGUUCGAUUGCAGCAAAGUCAAUCAACGAUGGAGAGAUGGAUGGCUUGACGGAUCGUGCGAUUAAUUUUUAGACAUUUUUUUUUUAUUUUAGAAAUAAAUAAAUAGAUAGAACAAAACUAAAUUGAUGAGCAGAA